UCGCCGCGACGCCGACAGCCGCGCCGCGACGCUCCUGAUCAUCAGUUUCGCUUCGGGAUCCGCUCGAGCUUCUCACGCCACGGGCUACGCUCCUGCUCGACGCAGAGCCGAAUUCGCUGACGAACAUGUAGAUCGUGCGCGAGCGUGUUUCAUCCCCACUCCAAUUCCGAUCAUUCUCGAAGAUGAUCUAUUAUGUUGCGGUGUCCGUGCAAGGGCAAGGGGAUGCAGCGAAGUCGGAGUCGCUCUAAAGUGGGCGCCGCCGGCGGCGGUGUGGCGGGGGAUGAGGCCAAAAUGCAAGUGGCCAAACCCGAGGGGAUCGCCGCCCUCAUAGCCGCCCUGUCGCCCAAGAACCUCUUCAAAGGCUUCAAGAAAAACUACGAGCCCGCCAUGCCCAAAGCUGAAAGGAGCAUGAAGGCGGCCAUUCUCAUCCAGAAGUGGUACCGGCGGUACAUGGCUCGGAUGGAGGUGAAGCGGCGGUACACAUGGACCAUUUUCCAGAACAUCGAGUAUCAGGGAGAGCAAGACCAAGUCAAGCUGUACAAUUUUUUCAACGCUCUCCUCACUCUGAUACCAGCUCAAGAGAAUCGCAGCAUCACUAGUGAGAAGACCUCUGAAACUCCAAGAAGGAUCGUUGACGGGCCCUCGACUCAGGACAGGCGACUCUCCGGCCUGGAUGAUGUGGACUCGCCGACGAUGCCGCCCGACAACAGGUACAAGGGCGUCCACGUCGGGAACCCGAUCACCAGCCAGGAUGCCAAGAAUCUCAUCGAAACCUUCCAGAAGGAAAAACAUAGACUGCACGCAAAAUAUAUAUCUUCAAUUUUAAAGCAAGCUGUGAAACGUCUGAAAACACUACCUAAUCUGAACGAAGUUUCGACCCUGAGCUCGAAGCAAGUGACGAUUUGUGGUGAUCUUCACGGCAAACUAGAUGAUCUUUUAGUUGUGUUCCAUAAAAAUGGACUGCCCUCAGCGGAGAACCCGUACAUUUUUAAUGGGGACUUUGUUGACAGGGGGAAGAAAGGGCUGGAGGUUUUGUUGCUCCUGCUUGUUUGCUUGUUGGCCUUCCCCGAUGGCGUCUUUCUCAAUCGGGGCAACCACGAGGACCACGUAAUGAACACAAGGUACGGGUUCAUAAGAGAGGUGCGAUCGAAAUAUAAGAACAAUUAUGAAAGACUGUUACAACUUAUCGAAUUAGUAUACCGAUGGCUUCCGUUGGGCACCUUGGUCAAUAAUAAAGUCUUAGUAGUUCAUGGCGGCAUAUCCGACAUAACAGAUUUAACACUUUUAAAGGGUUUAAGUAGAAGUAAGUAUGUAUCAUUAUUACGACCGCCCGUCCUCGAGCAACCAUCUCCAGUUCCUGGGUCAGAGGUCAUCGACAAAGCUGAGUGGAAACAGGUUUUCGAUGUCCUGUGGAGCGACCCGCAAGGCUCAGAGGGCUGUGUUCCUAAUACUCUUCGGGGUGCGGGCACGUAUUUCGGGCCUGACGUCACAAAUUCGUUCCUAGAGAAACAUAAUCUCAGUUACUUAGUUAGGUCUCACGAGUGUAAAUUGGACGGUUAUGAAAUCACGCACGGAAAUAAGGUGAUAACAAUAUUCUCAGCGUCCAACUAUUACGAAACGGGUUCGAACAAAGGUGCUUACAUGAAGCUGCUGGGGCCUGAUCUGGAUCCACACUUCGUGCAGUUCAACGCGGCCACUAUUACGAGGACACAUAACAAAAUGCUGUCUUUCAAACAAAGGCUCGGCGUCAUCGAGCGGUCGGCGAUAAAAGAGCUCCAAGGCAUCAUCCAUUCGUGUAAGGACAGAUUGUUGACAGAGUUUGAGCGGAGCGAUCCCAGUAGGUUAGGUCUCAUAACGGUGGCCGAUUGGUGCCGCGCGAUGGACAACACGACCGGACUCAACUUGCCGUGGAGAUUGCUCAGGGAUAAGUUGGUUACGCUCGACCCUAAGGGUAGCGGAAAAGUCAAUUACAAAAGCACAUUCCAAGAAGACAUUCCGUGGAAACAAUGCGAUGGGUCUCUGACUGUAGUAGAGACGUUGUACGGCAACAAAUCGAGUUUGGAGGCAAUCUUCAGAAUUAUAGACAAAGAUAAUUCAGGUUUCAUCUCUCUCGAAGAAUUUGAGGAGGCUUGCUCACUGCUCGGGGAGCACCUGAACAGCCCGCAGAACGAAGUGAUGGAUAUGUGCAAAAGCAUGGAUAUCAAUAAAGAUGGUCUUGUUGACCUGAACGAAUUUCUAGAAACUUUUCGAUUAGUUCAAAAAGCCAAAAAUUAUUUAGGUGGCGAGUCAGAUGUAGAGGAAGAUCAUAAUGUGAAAGAAACGACAUGAUUUUGUAAAUAAAAUAUACUUAUAGGCGAGUUCUUCUUUGUUGAGCCGAGACAUUUUGACGCGAGACAACAUGAAAAAUUAAUAGUUCUUAUACUCUUCAAAUUAUUUUUCCGAUGAGUCAUCGGUAACUUAAUCAAUGAUGCCUGCGGCCCGAUGACCAUCGAUCUCAUCGAUGAUUGGACUGUUGAAACUGCUGAUGACCCGCUAAUUUAAGUCUUACGUUUCAAGAAAGAGUUUUUCCGAAUUGACCACGGACAAGGUGCGGACUCAAAGCAUUCUGAUACAUGUUUCCAUACAAUAAAUUUCACUUAAAACACGAUUCCCACAACAAAGAUUGCUGAUAUCAACCUUUAACUAAGAGUAAUUUAACAUGAAAAAAAUAUAGGUCUACGUGAUGCGCAACAAACGCAACUACAACAGUCUCUGCGGGUAUGUUAAUAACGGAGCCUCAAACUUGGUACUUUACCUCAGCUGUCGCACGUCUUUAACACUUUAAACCCUACAGGAUGGUGAUGGAAAAUUGCUUUAUUAAGACGCCUGCCAAAACCGUUGUAGCUAGUGCGUGAUUUUUUUUAAUAGACUUUAGUUUUUCUUGUACUUAAGCAGAGGAAAAUUCCCACGUAAUCAAUGUAAACUAAAAACGUCAAUAUCGUGACCAGGAGUUGACUUCAGUAAUUUUCAUCACACGAAUCAUUUUCUACGUGAAAUUCUAAAGCUGGAAAUAUAUAUAAGAAUGCUUAAAUUCACAUAUUUGUGUAGUAGUCCUUCAACUAGUAAUAAAAAUCUCAAAGUGCGACUGAACCUAUGAAUUUGUCAAAAAACUCGCAUUCCGACGUGCUGAGGAAGAACACCGUAUGAACAUUCAAAAGUUGCCAAAUUUCCUCCGAUAAAAUGUUUCUUUUUUAGGAAAGUUACGAAUAUUUUCCCCUGAAAUUUUCAUACACUUCAGAUCAAAUUACAAACAAAAUUAUCUGAGAAAUUGAAGGGAAAAUAUUCACAAUUACUCCUGAAAAUGAAUGAUUUCCCGAAGGCAAUUUGGCAAAACCUAACGGCUUAUGCGGUGUUUCUCCAUAUGGUCCAGUCACACGAUCAAAUUGAGCCAUCAAAUUGAAGCUCUGCUCUGAUUGGUGGAAAAAGACCUGAGGCGAGGAUGCGACCAAUGAAAGGCCCAAUUUGAUGGUUCAAUUUGAUCGUGUAACUGGACCUUUAGCGCGGCAGCAUUGGUGUCAAAUCAAAAGGUCGCAAAAACUCGCGGGAGGAAUUACUAAUCGAGACAUAAAAAAAUAAGUCCCUCAUCAAAAAGGGCAGGAUUAUAAUAUAACGAGAGGGGGGGGUUGAAGGGAGAGAGGCGAAGUAUAUUAUG